AUGUCAUUCGUUGAAGCAACUGACUUCCUUUCAGUCCGACAUUGGAAGAUCAAAUGGGUGAAGUUGAAGGUUCCUGCCAUUGAGAGAAUAUAUCCAGACUUCCUCUUUACUGAGAAUCUGGUCAAAGCCUUCCUUGCUGACCCUGUGGAGAUGACUGACUCCAGGAAGUCUACCGAGGCUAAGAAGAUGUCGGAGUCUUCGAAAAGAUGUCUUCUUGUAGGGGUGAAGGAGAAGAAACAACGGUAG